AGGUGUCAGUAUGAAGUGAUAGACUGAGGGUGAAGGAACGACACAACGGCACCGCGGGGCACAUGGAACUGAAACCACCGAGAAACGGAUCUGCAACCCGACCCCCCGGGCGUGAACGUACAGUCAACCCCCCGGCCAGGGAUGUGCAACAGGGAGAAGCGAAAAAGUUCUGGAAUCGGCACAGAAAGAUAUGUGAAGGCAAAAAGAAAUGGCUGUUGAUAAUAGGGGGGAUUCUUGGUGUGGCCAUCAUCACCGUCAUCCUCAGAUGGAGGCUUAGAGCAGGUGCCCCGGCUGAGAACUAUAAUGGGACAGAUGCUGAUGGAAGGACAGUUGGCAAUGGAAAGACAUUUCUUGAUGGAGAGACAGUUGAUAAAGACAAUGAGACUGCUAGAGACUGUGAGAGACUGGUUUAUGUAUCUGCCAAUAACAGUGACGGCUCCUUUCAGUCCAGCUACAACUCCUGUGCCAGCAAAGGAUAUGAACUACUGAAAGAACCAGAUAUAGAAGAUAGGAUACACUGUAUUCCCCAAAGAGAGGAUUUCUGGAUUUAUGCCCGACGUGAUUGUGAGCCGUGCCCAGUGUACAACACUCACGAUGGAGUUUUACGUUUGGAUUCCACCACAAUGCGGCGUUUCCUCUGUGAUCCACAAGCACCAGAACCAACUGAUGGUCCCUGCCCCGGUGAAGUUUACAAUCUAGGGUCCCUUUCACAGCCCCACACAAACUAUGGUCAGUCCCAUCAGGAUCCAAUUCACCUGCCUGUAUGUAUUUGGGGUUUUGGAGGAAACCAGAGAACCCUGAGGAAACCAAACAAACAUGGGGAGAACAUACAACCAUUGCAGGACAAUUGGUUGAAAGAGAGAGAGAGAAUUUUUUUUUAUGUAUUACUAGAAAAUGAGUUCUGUAUGAAGAAACCCAAGCUGCAGACUGUCUCAGGUUUACAAAUAAGGAGGAGUUUAACCAGGAAGGGUAAUUUUAUUAAGUAUCACGUCCUCCUCCUACCGUUGUUCAUAAAAAUCAGGAAGCUGCACAAUGGGAACAAGUGCUGCUAUUUAUUGUAUUUUAUGAUUUCUUGGUGCUGCUGCAAUGAAAUCAGAGCUGUAACCGUUCAGCAAGCCCAAGGGAUACAAAAAUAAAAUAUAUUUGCACUGUC